UCGGCUUGCUUAGUUGUACGCAUGAUCGAGGCGAUGGGAAAUGCAGCCUUCUUGACUUCCUCCUUUGCCAUCAUCGCUCAGGAGUUCCCUGGCAGAGUGGCUACUACCUUCGCCUCUCUUGAAAUGUGCUUUGGCAUCGGGAUGAUCGCCGGACCGACGGUGGGCGGCGCUCUGUACGACAUCGGUGGCUACACGACCCCUUUCGUUGUGAUGGGCUUGAUCCUCUAUAUUGCAGGCUUCGUGGCCUUCUGCGUCCUCCCGCAAGCCAGCAAAGUCGAAACCAAAGGAGUGAAAUCAAGCAAGUUCAAUGAUUAAAAAAAUGAUCUUGAAAUAAUAAAAUA